AAUCGAACAGCAACUCCUCCAGGCCAGACAAACUUCACCAGCUGCUACCAAGGAGGACCAAGCAUAGCACUUUCCGUCCCGAUCCGCUUUGGAGAAGAAACAACAUUUACCACAAUCUCCUCCUCACCAACCCGCCAAAAUGAUAGACGAACGCGAACUAGCCAUCUCCCCCAUCGUCCAAGACUCCGUCCAACACAACAUGCGAACAGUCUCCAACAUCCGCGCCCUAACAGCCUCCCUCUUCGGCGUCGCAGCGGGAACAAUCGGUCUGGAAUCCCUCCCCGGUUUCAUCUUCUACUUCAUCGGCACCGGAAUCGUAUCCCUACUCAUUUUCUCUUUGAAAGCGGAGAAGAAAGCCGAAGCGUACUUUUGGAGUCCCGGGAGUGAUUUGUGGAUGGGAGAUUUAUUUGGGGGUUUGAUGAGUUUUGUUUUGACUUGGACGUUGUUUUAUGGGCUUUGUAAGGCGUGAGGGAUGAGCGUGUGGUUAUGGAUUGGGAUGUG